UAUGCAACUCGCAUAAUAACCUUACUUUUUGAUUUACGUUUUUGUAAGUUAACGUUAUGGAAGGCAUGGGCAUGGACACGAAAGUUAUUAAUUCGUUUCUUAUUACUAAGUGCUGCAAUUAAUAAAUGUCUAUGUACGUAAAUAUUCACAAAUUAAAAUGUCGUUUUUCAUUAAGGGGAAACAAGUAAAUGGAAUAAAACGUGUUAAACAGUCGACAGAGAAAAGGAAGAAACCUAAAGUAAUCAAAAAUGUAAAAAACGAUGAAGUUACAAGUAGUGAAGAUGAGGGUGCAGCUGAAAAUGAAGCAGCAGAUCUUUCUUCAGAAGACGAAAAUGAAACGGCUCAGGAGAAAAAAUUAAGACUAGCGAAAGUGUAUUUGGAGGAAAUUGAAAAAGAAGAAAAAGCGAGAUUAGAAAGCGAGGAGGUGGAUCAGAGUUUAAUAUCUAAAAGGUUAAAAGAAGACUAUUUAAAGGAAGCUGGCAAGUUAAGACUAACAGUCGCAGACAAGUUCAAAAAUGUCGAUACAAAUAAUAUAAAGAUUUUAAAAUGCAGAGAGCAAACGAACAGCAUUACCUGCAUGUGUAUUACUUCAGAUGAUAAAUAUGUGUUUGUAGGAAGUAAAAACGGAGUUGUGAUCAAAUAUUCGAUACAUGAAAAUAAAAAAGUUGGAUCUAUACCUUUUGUAAAAGACAGUUCUGAUGUAGUAGGACAUAGUAGUCAAAUUCUAAGUGUUGCUGUAUCUACAGAUAAUAAAUAUCUUACUACUAGUGACGAGUCUAGUGAUAUCUUCAUCUGGGAUCUGUCUACGUUAAAAUUUAUAAAAAAACUAACAGGUCACAAAAAAGGUAUUUUUGGACUAUGUUUUAAGAAAGAUUCCCAUACGUUGUAUUCUUGUUCGAAGGAUCGAAGUGUUAAAGUAUGGAAUUUAGAUGAAAUGGCAUACGUAGAAACACUUUUCGGACACCAAGGUGUAGUUACUUCUAUUGAUACAUUAUAUAGGGAUCGCGUAGUUACAUCUGGCGGUAGAGACUUGAGAAUCUGGAAAAUAACUGAAGAGACUCAAUUAAUAUUCAAUGGACAUGUGGGAAAUAUAGAUAACGUUAAAUUAAUUAAUGAAGAAAAUUUUAUUUCUGGCGGAGAUGAUGGACAAUUAUGUGUGUGGAGCAUAAUGAGGAAAAAACCUUUAUGUGUAAUACAAAACGCUCAUGGUGUCAGUAGUAUAAAUCAACAACCUAAUUGGAUAAGUUCUAUUGCACCUUUACUUAAUACAGAUUUAGUGGCGUCUGGUUCAAACGAUGGAUUCGUGAAACUGUGGAAAUUGGAAAAUAACUUCAAAUUUGCCAGUCCUUUAAUGAAAAUACCUGUCGAAGGAUUUAUAAAUUCUCUUGGUUUUACUUCAGACGGGUCUAAGCUUAUUGUUGCUGUUAGUAAAGAACACAAGCUAGGCAGAUGGACUACAAUUAAAUCUGUUAAAAAUUGUAUUAUGGUUAUACCAUUUAUUAAAGAUUGAAAUUGGCAAAUAUAUUUAUUUUUCAAUAUACAUUGUUGAGAAUAUUUUUCA